AUGCAAGAAGAAAAACUGAAAAGGUCAUUCGUUGUAUCCUGCAGCAAGUGUGGUGAGAAGGGUCACAACUACAAAACAUGUAAAGGAGCCCCUUCCAACCCAAACUGGAAGCCGAAGACAAGGCGCCCUAGGAAGAAAGCAGCUACUUCCUCCCAGUCACUGAUUGUGCUUCCACUGUCACAAUCUGCUCCAGGUUCAGAGGGACUAUUCUGUUUUAGUACUGCUAAGGAUGCAUCCAGCAGCCAACCAGGCAGCUCCCCAAACCCCACUGUUGUGGAAUCACCUGCCCCAAGCAAUCCACCUAUGCCACCAGCUCCAACAAGGGUGACAAGAUCCACACUUAUCAUAUUACCUCCAGGGCCAACAACUACUCAAACCAGGCCACCAGCUCCAACUAUAGGUCGUCCAUUUAAACCUCCAGCGAAAGCCAAUGACACAUCUUGCCCACAACAGUCCAGGUUCAGACCGAAGCAGAAGAUCUUUAGGCCGCCGGCACCAAUCGCUACAUCCACAAUCAACACUAGUACACAACAGCCAACUCCAUCUACCAUCCCAUCUGCAGCUCCAAAUCAAGAUGCUCCACCCCAAAAUUUGUCAACUUCUCCAAAAACAAAGGACUCAAAAGAAUGA